AUGGGCGACGCCGAAUCACCGGUCAGCCUCGAGGAGGUCCUCCGCGAGACCAGCUUUGAGCCAGCGCCGGUUCGCUCCCGCUGCUCUGCGUGGCAGGCGCUCUGGCUCGCCCCGCUCGCCGGCUGGGCGGUGGCGGUGUGGCAGAUUUCAGACACGGACCGGCCGGUUCCGGCAGCUCCGUUUGCGGUUAUCGCGGUGGGCACCACCGUCACCACCGGCUGGCUCACGGCGCUCAACCACCCGUGCGAGUUCGUCGCCACGCUUGGCUACCGCGGCACGCUCUGCCUGUACGCGGGCGCGCUCAUCACGCUCACGUGCCGUGUGGCGCUCGGGGAGCCCGAUGCGAGCGGCGGCGCUCUGUUUGGCCUCCUGCUGGUGGGUAGCGGCCUGGUCAUGUGGGCGUGCGCCACCUUUGUGCAGGGCCCGAUCCCGUACAUGCGGGGCGCAUCGCUUCUCGUGAUUGGCGUCCAGCUGCGGAUCGGGACGGCGGCGGCGGCGCUGUCGGACGCCGGCGUGGACCGGACGAGCCUCGCCGUGUGCGAGGCGGUCGCCGUCGCCUGCUGGCUGCCCGGAAUCGCCUCUCUCCUCGCAAAGGCGUACGAGGAGAUGCGCCCUCCCUGGCUGUCUGCGCCAAACCACAACUUUGGCGCCUUCCUGAUCUUCGGGCUCGGCCUCGCGUGCGACGCCGCGAUCGGGCUGAGCUACUUUUGCGACGACCCGGUCGACUUGCGCGGCCUCGAUGGGGCGGGUGGUAGUGCGGUCCUCCUCGCCGCCGCCGUGCUGACGCUGCGGAUGGCGCGCAUCGACAAGAAUGUCGACGCGCUGCUCGAGGAGCGGUACCCGCUCACCUCGCACCUGAUCGCAGAGCCGCGCGCCUUCGCGGCCGCCUUCGCCGCCGGGUGGGCGCUCCUCCUCUCCUCCGCCCUCUCGGCGAUCCUCCUCUCCCUCGCAGACCGCGGCGUGCCGGCGGACGCGCCGCUCGAGGGCAGCCGCCAGAGGGGAAUCUUUGCGUCGCACGCGGCGGCCCUCUUUGUCGGAUCCGCGGCAUACGGCCUGCUCGCCGCCGCCGUCCGCCUCUCGCCGCGACCCCCCUUUGGGAGUGGCUGGCAGCUGGUCGCCUUCCUCCUCCUCGCCGCCGGAUGCGCGCGGCGACACGCCGCCGGGCAGCGUGUCGGGCUCGACCCGCGCACCUGGCUGCGGGCGACCCACCCGAGCAACUACGUGCUGCUCGCCGCGGCGCACACGGCGGUGGGGGCAGCGCUGCGCGUGGCGGGGAUGAACGCCGGCGGCGGCGUGGUCGCGCUGCAGGGCGUCGGGAGUGCGCUCUGCGCCGUCGCCGCCGCCGUGUGGCUCAUGUUUUUCUCCGCGGCAAUGGCCGUCUACGAGACGACCUCGCUGCCGGCGCGCUCGCUGCCUCUCCUCGACUUUGGAGCGCCACCGCCGCCCUCCGGAGAGGAGGGCGAGGAGGCAGCCGCGGCGGGCAGCUCCGACGAGGGGUUGCCGCUCCUCGAGGUGGACGUGCUCGUUUGCGGCGGCAGCAUCUCUGGCCUGAGCGUCGCUUCGCUGCUCGGCCGGGCGGGCGUGCGCACGCUGCUCGUCGAGAGGCGCGAGGAGCCAGUCACAGACGCGCGCUUUCUCUUCUGCAACCCGGCGACGAUGGACAUCUUGUCCAAGGUCCUCGACCCCGACCUGCUCGAGGAGCUGCGCGUGCAGCGUGCCUGGCCGCAGCACGCACCCUUUGGCACGAUCCUGGCGACGGGCCUCGCCCAUGAGGACGGCAGCGCACGGUGCCGGGGCAGCGCGCUCGGGCCGAGCCCCGCCUCGCUCAAGGCGGACCCGAGCCGGAUGAAUGCAAUUACCGAGUCCCGCUGCGUCGGGUGCGCCAGCGCGAGGUUCGUCCACCCGACGCGCUGCAUGCAGUCGCACCAGGAGCAAGUUCUCAAGGCGCAGGCGGAGCGGUGCGCCUCCAACGAAGUCCGGUACGGCCACGAGCUGCUCAGCCUGGCGCACGAGGGGGUGGAGGAGGAGGAGCAGUCGGGCACGUGUAUCCUCGCGCUGCUGCGCCCCACAGGCGGCGCCCCGGAGACGCGUUACCGCGUGCGCUGCAAGUAUGUCGUCGGCGCCGACGGCCCCGCCUCGCGUGUCGCGGAGCUCGUCGGCGCAAAGUACGACGGCUUUCUCGGGCUCAACAAGAGCCGCAGCAUCGCGGUCGUCGUCCCCGGCCUGGCCGCCCGGCUCGCGCGCACCAUCGGCUUUGCGCAUCAGUACUGGCUGCUGCGCAAGCGGCGCGCGGCUUGGGCCUCGUCGUGCCGGCGAGGGCUGGGCCUCGUCGUGCCGGUCGACCCGGUGAGUGACCUCUUCAACCUGAUGCCGUUCCCAGUGGGUGAGCUCUUCCAGCAGAGCCCGACGCGGGUGGCCGAGGAGAUGACGGGCACGAGCCGCUUCACGCUCAAGCAGGAGAAGCCCUGGUGGUGGAACUUCUUCGUCGCGCGCCAGUUCUCGCACGGCCGCGCCUUCCUCGUCGGCGAUUGCGCGCACUCGUGGCCGCCCUUCGGAGGGCUCGGCGGCAACACCGCCUACGCCGACGCCUUCAACCUCUCGUGGAAGCUGGCCGCGGCGUGCCGCGGAGAGGCAUCGCAGGCGCUCCUCAACUCGUACGACAUUGAGCGGCGGCAGGCGGUGCUCUCCACCGCCAUGUACGUGCUCGGCCUGGUGCCGCGCCCCGCCGCGAUGAAGCCCCUGCUGGCGCCUGUCUUUGAGUGGUGGCCCUUCUCUCGCUGGAUGCGGCUGAUCUGGCACCACAAGAGCUCCGGCCUCCACGCCGCCAACCACUUUGCGUCGUCCGGCAUCAUGUUUGGCGGCAAGCUCAACUUCUCGCCGCUCGUCGCCCGCGAGGCCAUCCUGCCGCCGGACGACCCGGCGUGCGGCUACCAGCCCGUCCUGCGCGCUGGGGCGCGCCUCCCUCACCUGCUCCUCCCCGACGGGACCGCGAUCGCCGAGCACAUUGCCAACGAUCGCUACACCCUCCUCCUCCUCGCCGAUGCCUCGGCGACGGCGGAGGCUCUCAGGGCGGCGCUGCAGGCGCGCGGAGUCGCCUGUCAGGUCGCACGCGUGGCUGCGCACGCCAAGGGGCAAGAGACGUCGGGAGGUCAGCUCGCCUUCGAGUACGCGAAGCACGCUAUGUUGGUUGUGCGACCCGACCUGCACGUCGCGUGGCGGCUCAAGCUCUCCGCACGGCCGCCCGACGCGGCGGCGGUGGAGAGCGUCGCAGACACGCUGAGCGGCAGGAGCGGCGGCGGCACCGACCGGUGGGCCGAGGUUGAGCGGUCCACGGACUACGACAGCAUGCGGAGCUAUCGUCUCUUCAUGACGCAGCGCUUCCAGGCCAAGCUGCGGCCGCUGGGGUUCGCCUUCCCCCAGGCGACCAAGGUGGACGGCGUCACCAAGGCCGAGGCCAUCGCCGCCGUCAAGGCCAACGCCCGCACGGCGCCGGCCGCGAAGGGCGAGUUCACCACGACGACAAAGGCCACGGACCUCCUCGCGGGCGGGAAGGAGCCGGCAGCUGCGGCGGGCUCGGAGCGAACGGGCGGGGAGGGGAGCAAGGAGCCGUGA